AUGGUCUCCUUUUCCCUUAUCAGCACCCUAACAGUGCUUGCUGUGGCUGUUGCCGGCUCUAAGCGCGGCUUCGCUGUCAACGACGAAGUUGACGUGAGUAAAGGCGGCGUCACCCUCAACGGCUACAAGUCCAAGAUAAGCUGGACGUACAACUGGGACAGCAACACGCGCAAGAAGCAGCCUUACGCCGAGUUCGUCCCUAUGCUGUGGGGUACGCAGAGCUACCACACCAACCAGUGGGCUAAUAACACCAAACUCUGGCUUUCGCGCGGCACCAAGCAUCUGCUGGGCUUUAAUGAGCCUGAGAGGCCAGACCAGGCCGCUCUCUCCCCGCAGCAGGCAGCCGAUGCCUGGAGAAAGUACAUGAACCAGUUCUCCGGCCGUGCUAAACUCGGUGCCCCUGCCGUUUCCAAUGACGGCUACAACUGGCUAAAGGACUUCUUGGGCAAGUGCCACGACUGCCACAUUGACUUUGUUCCGGUGCAUUGGUACAAUGACCACACUCUGGAGGGUGAUCUCGAGAAUUGGGUCAACAAGAUUUGCUCUCUGGUCGGAAACCGCAAGGUGUGGAUUACUGAAUUCAAGGGGUUCGGAAACCAGGAUCAGCAGCGUCAGUUCAUGAAGAAGGCGCUUCCCUGGUUAGACAAGAAGGCUUGUAUCGAGCGCUACGCAUACUUUGGCACUGCGAACAACAACAAGGAUCUGCUUGUCGGAAACGGACCCAGAUUCUCUCCUCUUGGCUAUGACUACGUCUACCACGAUUGA